AUCUCCCUGGCAGAAGGAUCUCAUCUGCUGUGUGGAGUGGACUGUCACCUCCUGUGCCCUGCUGCUGCUGUCCCUGCUGCUGUCAGCUCAGCGAGGAGAUGAGCUUCUUGUUUGGCAAUCGCUCUUCGAAGACCUUCAAACCAAAGAAGAGUAUUCCUGAAGGAUCCCACCAGUACGAGCUGCUGAAACAUGCAGAAGCCACUCUGGGCAGUGGAAACCUCCGAAUGGCUGUCAUGUUACCGGAUGGGGAGGACCUCAAUGAAUGGGUGGCUGUGAAUACUGUGGACUUUUUCAACCAGAUCAAUAUGUUAUAUGGAACCAUUACAGAUUUCUGCACAGAGGAGAGUUGUCCAGUAAUGUCUGCUGGGCCAAAAUAUGAAUAUCACUGGGCUGAUGGGACCAAUAUAAAGAAGCCGAUUAAGUGUUCUGCCCCUAAAUAUAUUGAUUAUCUGAUGACUUGGGUACAAGACCAGCUUGAUGAUGAAACACUUUUCCCUUCUAAAAUUGGGGUUCCUUUUCCAAAGAACUUUAUGUCUGUAGCUAAAAUCAUAUUGAAGCGACUUUUCCGGGUCUAUGCCCACAUCUAUCACCAGCACUUUGACUCAGUGAUCCAGCUGCAGGAAGAGGCACAUCUCAACACAUCUUUCAAGCACUUUAUAUUUUUUGUCCAGGAAUUUAACUUAAUUGACAGAAGAGAACAAGCUCCCCUGCAGGAACUAAUUGAAAAGCUGACCUCAAAGGACAGAUAAGAUCCCAGUGAUAUGAGCACAGUUGCCUUUCAUUCAAGCAAGCUUUGUUUUAUUGUUUCUGGCCCAUUCAUAUAACAGCCAAAACCUGUUUGAAUUUCGUUUUGCGUGUGUGCUUACAGAGGGAACGUGAUGUAUCUAUUUUCUUACCUUCUAGUGAUUGCAGUUGAUUGUAUUUUUUACAUAACCAGUUUGCAAAAGGAAGAGAAGUGUGAAUCCCCUGUAAUAAUUUGCACACCCUAUACUGCACUGAAGAGGUUGACAAGUAUAAUGUGCCUAAUUUAAAUAUGCCUCAAUUUUUACUGAACCACUAAACAUAUUGUACAUUUUAAUGCUUGAUCAUUUACUAUCUAUGUAGUGGUGCAGAGAACAAGGGAACGGAGCAUGAGCUUAGCGAACAGACCUUUGAAAGGUAGAGUGUGAUCAAAUAGGUGUAACAUUAGGCAAAUUUGGUUAUACAUUAGAAAGCCAAAUGCAUUUUAAUAGACUCUAUCUAGGUCAUAUUUUAGAAUUCAAAUUUUUUCCCUUGCAGUAUUUUUCUGAAUUACGCUCAAAGGAAAUGACAUACCCCAUAUGUCAGAACUAAUGCAGAGUUUGGAAUGUCAGUGUUCUGUAAGAACAUUAGAGUUUGAGCAGGUGUUAAUAUAGUUUGCCUUAUGGUAUUUUAGCUCAUACAGAUUAGAGAGCAGUUUUAAAUAUGAGCUGUUAAAAUAAUUUGUGAAUUGACUUUGUAGCCAUUAGGAGAUAUCCUGCGAAAGGAAUGUAAUGAAAUCUAAAGAUUGCACAUACAUAG